GCUCCCGCGAUCAAAAUGGAAGGCGACGGUGUCCAGAUCUUGUCCCGGCGCAUGGUCAAGCCAGAGCACCACGCGAGCUCGCGGCCGCCGGAGCCCGAGACCGUCCACCUCACGCCAUGGGACCUGCCGCGGAUCACCGUUGAGUACCUGCAGAAAGGCGUCGUCCUGCCCAAGCAUCCGGCCGGCAGCGCCCACGCCGUCGAACACCUUGCGUCGUCCUUCGCGCGCGCUCUGGCCCGCUUCUACCCGCUCGCCGGCCGCUUCAUCGUCGCGCCAGUGGCCAGCGACGACGCUCGGCUGGGCCUGACGAUCUCAAUCAGCUGCGACGACCAAGGCGCAGAGUUCGUCCACGCCGUGGCGCCCGGGGUCGCCGUCGCCGACAUCUCCGGCCCGGUCCCCGUCAUCCUGCGCGUGGUCCGGUCCUUCUUCCCUCUCAACGGGAUGCUCGGCGCGGACGCCGCCGUCGACCCCAGCCUGCCGCUCCUGGACGCGCAGGUCACCGAGCUCGCCGACGGCGUCUUCGUCGCCAUGUCGCUGAACCACUGCGCGGCUGACGGGGAAACGUUGUGGGACCUUUUCAACGCGUGGUCGGAGAUCAGCCGAAGCGGUGGCACCGCUGGCGGAGAAGAUAUCCCCUCGUUGCCCAAAAGAUGGUUCCUCGAUGGCUGCCCCGUGUCGAUCCCUCUCCCCUUCGCCAAGGUGGAGGACAUGGCCAGGCACUUCGAGCGCCCGCCGCUGCAGGAAUGCUCUCUCCGUUUCUCCCACGAGAGCGUGAAGAGGCUGACGGCGAAAGCGAACGCCGAGACGAUAGCCGGCGGCGGCACAGCCACCAUCUCCUCCCUGCAGGCCGGGGCCACGCACAUCUGGCGUGCCGUGUGCCGGGCCCGGGGGCUCGCGCCGGGCCAGGAGACGACGUGCUCGCUCUCCGUCGGAUGCCGAACACUCGUGAAGGGCAUGCCGCAGGGUUACGUGGGCAACGCGGCUGCGGGCGCCGUCGGCAAGGCCGACGCCGACGAGAUCCUGGGCGAAGGCCGCCUUGGCCGGGCGGCGUGGCUCCUGAACCGGGCCGUGGCCGCUGUGGACGAGGCGAGCGUGAGGGCCGAGCUCGCGGCGUGGCCUGCGAACCCCAGCUUCAAGUACCUGGACGGGAUCGGCCCUGCGGCGAUGGUGGCCAGCGGCUCGCCGGAGCUCGACGUGUACGGCAACGACUUCGGGUGGGGCAGGCCGUUGGCCGUCCGGAGCGGCGCGGGGAACAAGGUGGACGGGUUGGUCUCGGUGUACCAGGGCAGGGAUGACGGCGGGGGGAGAGGCGGCAUGGAGCUGGAGGUGUGCCUCGCUCCUGGUGCGCUCGCCAGGCUCGUGGCCGACACAGAGCUGAUGGACGCGUCGGUAGGCAUGAAUGCAGCAGUCAAACCGUAA